AUGAAGCAUAACUCAGUGAAACAUGUUCAUAGGGCGUACUACUCACCGGCUGUUUCUCCAUUGCAGGUAAGGAGAGAGUUGGCUGCUGUACUGCUUUUUGAGUCCCAUGCCAAGGCUGGAACUGUGUUGUUCAGCCAAGGGGACAAGGGCACGUCCUGGUACAUCAUUUGGAAGGGAUCAGUCAAUGUUGUUACACAUGAUAAGGGCUUAGUGUGCACCCUACAUGAAGGUGAUGACUUUGGCCAGCUGGCACUCGUGAACGAUGCCCCCCGUGCUGCCACCAUCAUCCUUCGUGAAGACAGUUGCCACUUCCUGCGAGUGGACAAAAGGGAUUUCAACCGGAUUCUCAAGGAUGUUGAAGCUAAUACCCUACGGCUGAAGGAACAUGGGAAAGUGGUGCUUGUUUUAGAGAAGAAUUCACAAGGCAGUAAUUCCAGUCACCUUGCCGGGACUCUGGGGAGCAGUAGAUAUUCAGUGAUUGCUGGAACCCCUGAAAAAAUACUCGAUUACCUAUUGGAAACCAUGCGUUCAGACUCUACCCUUUCUGAUCCUGUUGAUACAUUUCUGGGAGAUUUCCUCCUGACGUACAGUGUGUUCAUGCCGACACCUCAGCUGUGCCGAACUUUGCUCCAACAAUAUCCUUCCUGGUUGCUUCUGCCUUGGAUCUUAGAGGGAUAGUCAGCAAAAGGCUUUCUUUGGAGUGAGAUUGCCCUGGGUUGAUUUAGCAAAGAGCGUUAUAACUCCCUCCAUGCAUCCUAGAUUGUUGCAGUGCAACGGAGGGAAGGGAUGGCACUUCUGGAGGGCCAAAUGGAAAACAUGGCUUCCAGGCCUGACACUGUUAAGAUCUUACCUUCAUGCCAGGACAAUGCUCCUCAACUAAAUGCCUACCAAAUAUAUUAAAUUACAAACCCCCAUUGUUCUCCGUCUGUUGGAGUUCUAAAAGCCACGCCAGGCAUAUUAUAACAAAAUAGAGGAUCUCUCCAGCAACAUCAUGUUGAUCCUCUUUCAUAUAAUG